AUGGCCUGUAUACCAAUAGGCAAGGUUACAGUGAAAAUCUACCCUCGUACAAUCUCCAACUUUUCCGAUUUUAUCGAAAACGACCUCCUCCCUGCGCUCCAUGAGAACAGAUACAAACCGCAGAAAGGGGAUACAUAUAUGCUUGCUACAAAUGUACACAAGAAUGAGCCUACAUAUGUAUCUCAGAUCGAGGAUACAAAACGCCCUGCAGAUGAUCUUCUCCGCGAGUUCUUCCAAUAUAAGGAGAAUGGCACAAUAGCUCCUAUUCAUGUUAUUAUUGAACGACAAAUAGGUUGCGAAGAUGAAGUGGAUCUUAAGCAGAAGAAAGAACUGCAAGUUAAGAAGACAAAGAUUAAGGAGCCAAGGAUUAAAAAGGAAUUAAAGAAGAAACGUUCUUAUUCCGUGGCUCUUGGUAACACAAAGAUCAAAAAAGAAGAGCCAGAAGACCUAGGAGAGGAGAACAGGUACAGGAAACAUGAACAACAACAAGAAGAAGAGAAUAUUGAGACAAGUACAGAAGAUCUUAGGGAUUUGCAUACCCUUCUUAAGUUACCGGUACCAUGCAAUGAUCUAUGUAACCUGCCUGAGAACCAACCGGCAGACCAACCGGCAGACCAACCGACAAACCAACCGGCAAACCAACCAGCAGACCAACCGGCAGACCAACCAGCAGACCAAUCAACAGACCAACCGGCAGACCAACCAGCAGACCAACUACAGACUAAUACCCAUGAAGAGCCUUAUAUUGAGUAUAUUGCUCUCCGUACAAGAAGGCGUCAUGUUCUACAGCAAGAAGAUUUUGAUCGGUCUGCUCAAUAUGGUAUUUAG